UGUUUUAAAAUAUUAGGGACUAGUUAUUAGCAAUCUGCUGUGGGAUGAGGGAAAUUUUUUUUAGGGAGAGCCCCAAUACACUGUUUUGGGGAAGAACUUUUUAGGAAACUCUUGGAGUUGCUCUUAUUCACUUUUUCAUCAUACUACCGAAUCAUCGAAUAAUUGGUUACUAUAAAAUGGGUCCAAAAGUCCGCCGUCUCUCAACUACUCCCCCUCCUCGCUCUCAUUCUCCUUAAGCUCCUUAAAACCCCAGCAGCCCUUCAGCACCCCAAAAAGAUACACACACGCGCAGUCUGUUUCAAAGUCCCUCUUUUGAGACUUUAAUCAAACAGUCCAUCGGCACUUAUUGCCUUCAUCACAACAAGAAUUGUCAUGGCGGGCAAGUCGAAUAAGGGGAGGAAUCGUAAAGUGUCCCAGAAAGGUGCUGUGAAUUCUUCUGAGCAGGCCAUCUCUACUGAUGCUCCCUUGAGCGAUAGUUUGAAAACUGCUCAGGCCAAUGAAAAUGGAAGCUCAGAAGCGUCAAGUGACACAAAGGCUGAAGUGCAAGACAAGGAAAACUCAUCUGACCAGCUCCCAAGCAAACAAGGUGAUGCUCAUCUUUAUCCGGUUUCUGUGAAGACACUAGGGGGAGAGAAGCUUGAGCUCCAAUUGAGUCCUGGAGAUUCUGUAAUGGAUGUAAGGCAGUUUCUUCUUGAUGCACCGGAGACAUGUUUUUUCACGUGCUAUGAUCUGUUACUUCACUCAAAGGAUGGUUCUAUUCAUCAUCUAGAAGACUACAAUGACAUAUCUGAAGUUGCUGAUAUCACCAGUGGUUGCUGCUCGCUGGAGAUGGUUGCUGUAAAUACCUUAUGGGGGAAUGAUGCACAAAGGCAUGUCAAUUGUCAAGAAUCACUAAUUUAUGUUAUUGAUCUAGUUAUGCUGCAAAAGCAGUCUGUGUUUCAUGCAGCAUUAUAUGAUGAUCGAUCAAUUAGGGUUCAUGUUCACCGAACAAGAGAGCUGCUAUCUUCUUCAACGAUGCAUUCAUCGUUGUCCACCAUGCUCGCAUUACAACAUGAAACGGGGAAAAAUGCUUCUGCAAAUUCAGAAGAUGCUGUGAAAGUUGAAGUGCCAGAACUUGAUAAAGUGGGAUUUAUGGGGAAUGGCUCAGUUGCUAAUUUACUGCCAUCAUCCUCCAAAGAGAUAAAGUGUGUUGAAAGUAUAGUGUUUUCUUCAUUCAAUCCUCCUCCAAGCCACAGAAGGCUUUUUGGGGACUUGAUUUAUUUGGAUUUGGUUACGUUGGAGGGAAAUAAGUAUUGCAUUACAGGAACAACUAAAGAUUUCUACAUCAACUCAAGCACAGGCAACAUUCUUGAUCCAAGGCCAAUGAAAAGUUCUUUAGAAGCAACAUCCCUUGUUGGACUUCUGCAAAAGAUUAGCCCCAAGUUCAAGAAAGCUUUACGUGAAAUAUUGCUGCUCAAGGCCCAUGCACAUCCCUUAGAAAACGUCCAAUCGGUGUUGCCUCCAAAUUCAUGGCUGGGCUUGUAUCCAGUUCCUGAUCAUAAACGUGAUGCAGCAAGAGCAGAGAAUUCAUUGACUCUUUCCUUUGGAAGUGAACUUAUUGGCAUGCAGAGAGAUUGGAAUGAGGAGUUACAGUCGUGUCGUGAGUUCCCUCAGACCACACAUCAGGAAAGGAUCAUUAGAGAUAGGGCACUAUACAAGGUCACUUCUGAUUUUGUUGAAGCUGCAACUAGCGGUGCUAUUGGAGUGAUAAGCAGAUGUAUUCCACCUAUUAAUCCAACUGAUCCUGAGUGUUUUCAUAUGUAUGUCCACAACAACAUAUUCUUUAGUUUUGCUGUUGAUGCCGACCUUGAGCAAUUGUCGCGAAAGCAGACAUCAGAAGUCAACUCUGAACUCCAGACCACAUCUUCAUUGCGGGGCGAUUCCAAAACUUUGGUGAACAAAGUGCCGCUUGUGGAUAGCAAUCUGCCACAUGUGGGUGAAUCAGUUAUUACAAACAUGGAACACACUAGUGGCACUGAGGCAAUUUCCCCUGACAUGCCUGCAGAGUCUCAGCUGGCAGAAAGCGAGCAAGCUACAUAUGCAAGUGCUAAUAAUGAUUUGAAAGGCACCAAGGCAUACCAAGAAGCUGAUGUUCCUGGCUUAUACAAUCUUGCUAUGGCCAUAAUUGAUUAUAGAGGUCACCGAGUUGUUGCGCAGAGUGUGUUGCCUGGAAUCCUCCAAGGUGAUAAAUCAGACUCCCUUCUAUAUGGUUCUGUUGACAAUGGCAAGAAAAUUUGCUGGAGUGAAGAUUUUCAUUCCAAGGUAUUAGAAGCUGCUAAACGUCUUCAUCUGAAGGAGCACACUGUACUUGAUGGUGCUGGCAAUGUAGUGAAACUAGCUGCACCAGUUGAGUGCAAGGGCAUUGUUGGUAGCGAUGACAGACAUUAUCUUCUGGAUUUGAUGAGAGUCACUCCUCGUGAUGCAAACUAUACUGGACCAGGUUCCAGAUUUUGCAUUUUGAGACCUGAACUAAUAUCUGGCUAUUGCAAUGCUGAAGCUGCGAAGAUGACUAAAGGCGGGAGUGAACUGAAGCAGGAGAAUUCUGUUUCUGAUUCCUUGAAUGUCAGCAAUGCUGGAGUAGUGGAGAAAGCUGAGGAGCUUGCUGCAUUAACAAGUAAUACACUGGAUGAUGAAAAGGGUGAGACACAGAACCUUCAAGAAUGUGAUUCUCAAUUUAGCAUGAAGGAUUCAAGGAAAGAGAAAACUUUCAAUCCAAACGUUUUCACUGAAUUUAAGCUAGCCGGGAGUCAAGAGGAAAUUUCUGUGGAUGAGGAAGAUGUGCGGAAAGCAAGUCUGUACCUUAAAGAUGUUGUACUGCCUAAAUUUGUACAAGAUUUGUGCGCCCUUGACGUUUCACCAAUGGAUGGACAAACUUUAACUGAAGCACUCCAUGCCCAUGGCAUUAACGUUCGAUAUGUUGGAAAAAUUUCUGAGCUUGACUUGAACAUUGGGUUUGUGGAGUUUGAGCAAAAAGUGUUGUUUAACGUUGCUGCAGGGGCCAGACAUAUGCCUCACUUAUGGGAUAUUUGUUGCAAUGAAAUUGUUGUUCGAUCUGCUAAGCAUGUUGUUAAGGUGAUUCAAUCUUUAUCACCUGAAGGAAAAGAUGCUCAUUUUAAGGAGCUUUGCAUUGACAUGCAGGACAUCUUACGGGAUACUGAGGACCAUGAUCUGGUGUUCGCAAUUUCACAUUUUUUCAACUGUUUCGUGGGAAAAUUUCAAGCUGUUUCUGGAACAGGCAUUACAAACAGUUCACCAUCGAAAUCCCAAAAAAAGACACAUUCAGGACAUCAUGCUUCUGGGAAGUCUCCGAAGGGACUGGCUAAGUUGAAAAAUGGGGGAUAUUUGAGGAACAAAGAGUCUGUUUAUUUGAGUAUCACCACCGAUAGUUUGUGGUCUGACAUCCAAGAAUUUGCAAAACUCAAAUACCAGUUUGAGUUGCCAGAAGAUGCCAGGCAGCGGGUGAAAAAAAUCUCGGUUAUUCGGAAUCUUUGCCAAAAGACUGGAAUCACCAUCGCUGCUCGCCAUUAUGAUUUUGAUGCUUCGACGCCUUUUGAAGUUUCUGACAUAUUGAACAUCCAACCAGUAGUGAAGCAUUCAAUUCCAGUCUGUUCAGAAGCCAAGGAUCUGGUUGAAACUGGGAAAGUUCAACUAGCAGAGGGAAUGCUAAAUGAGGCAUACACGCUAUUUUCUCAAGCUUUCGCAUUAUUCCAGCAGGUCACUGGUCCAAUACAUCGGGAGGUCGCAAAUUGUUGCCGUUACUUGGCAAUGGUCUUGUACCAUGCUGGAGAUAUGGCUGGAGCCAUUAUGCAACAACAUAAGGAACUAAUCAUAAAUGAAAGGUGUCUUGGCCUAGACCAUCCUGAUACUGCGCACAGCUAUGGGAAUAUGGCACUGUUCUAUCACAGUUUAAACCAAACUGAGCUGGCAUUGCAGCACAUGUCACGCGCUCUGCUGCUCCUAAAUCUUUCGUGUGGACCCGAUCACCCUGAUGUUGCCUCUACUUUUAUAAACGUUGCCAUGAUGUAUCAAGAUAUCAAAAAGAUGGACACAGCACUUAGAUAUUUGCAGGAAGCCUUGAAAAAAAAUGAAAGACUAUUAGGGGAAGAUCAUAUUCAAACAGCCGUGUGCUUUCAUGCUUUGGCUAUCGCUUUCAACUGUAUGGGUGCUUACAAGCUAUCUCACCAGAAUAAUGCACAAAAGCAGAAAGGCGAGAUUUUGAAAGCUGUUUCAGCACAAAAGGCUUUUGAGGAGAUACUUAAGGCGAAUCCCGACCUUUUACAAGCAGUUGAAGCUGCCACCGUUGCCAACAAGGCAAGCAGCUCCAAAUCCUCCAUACUAAAAGGCAAUGACAACAGAGGAGCAUUGGCCGCGGAAUUAGCCCGGAAAAAGUUGAACGCAAAAGGUCUCUUGAAAACGCCUACUGCAAUUAAUCAGCUAAUCGACUUCAUAAACUCAGGAGUGCCCGACUCAAAGAAGGAAAACGAGGGCAGUGCUUUUGACUCAGGGGUUAAGUCAAAAGCAGACGGGCCAAAGCCCGGUCCAGUCGGGCUGGGGCCCGGGCUAGGUUCUUUGGAUGCCAAGAAGAACAAGGUGAAAGGCAAAGGCGUGUAGUCUUCUUGAAGGGAUUUUGGGUUGUGGAGUGUGUUUUCUCAGUUUUGUGCUAGGGUUAGAGUAUCGUUUUCUUGUGAUCACGAGUGUACUUGUUUGCUGCGUCUUUUGUGGUUUAUAUUCUUUUCAAUAAUUUGCGAUCACAAGGAUUUUUGGGGUGGUGUGUGCCAACAGAGAGAAGAAUCUGUCUGGUGUGGUGUUGGUCUCUUCUUGAAUGACACAACAAUAAAUGAGGCGUUUGAGUUAUUAUUGUCUUGAUGAUUUUCAUCUCCUGAUGGCUUGAAUUGUCUCUGGAAAUUUACUGUUUUGAAGGAAAACCUGUGCUAGUGAUGGGGAAUGUGAAAUCUUGGUAAAACUAUUAUA